UGAUCGCACGCGCUUCCCAAAAUCAAACUCCACCACCACAUACCAGGCCUCCCUCCCACCAACGUCACGAUGUUGCCCACUGUUGCUCAAAUGUUCAGGAUACAUCACUCGCACACAAAUACUCGCUCGUUACCGUAUCAAACACGGAGAAAAACAACCAAGUCAUAUCGGCAGUCUUCGAGUGCAAUAUAGCGGCCGAUUUAACACGAUCGUAGAGAUCGAUCUUUCCAGCCGAUUCAUCCAAGAUCCAGACCAGAUUUAUCUGCUUAAGUUUGUAACAUCUUUCCAGAAUCUGGAGAGUCCAACAUGGCUUCCAUAUUCACGUACGAGCCCGACACGCCGAGAGUCGCUUCGCCAUGGCUUCAGGCUGCCGAAGACGAGAUCUCUUCAAAAGCCAUCAGCGGGGAUGAUGCCAGUGACCUCGGCAUAGCAGCAUUAUCCUUGCGCGAAAGCGCACAGAGCGGGAAACGAGUCACUCGACUUCAGGCAGAGCCACAAGAAGGUCCGGUGGAGUAUAAGCUGCAUCUUCUGCUCCGACCACGACGCAAAUUCAGGUCCACAAGCACUGGCAACCACAUCUCCGGCUCGAAGCAUUCCAUGUUCGAUGGGUACCAGUCAAAUCAGAACUUGCAAGAAGUCCCGUUGACUGUACAUCCUGCGUCUUCAACCUUGACUCAGCAAACGAGACAACAUCGUCUGCAACAGCUCACCACACAACUGCUGUGGCGAUUGCAACAGUCUUCGCCACAUCAUACUUCUUCGGCUACGAAUACCAUUCUGCCAUCACUCCCGGAAGCAUUGCCUGAAUUACUCGCGCCACAGCAGCCAGCAAAGUUGCUACAUGGCUUGGAAGAAAGCCAAGGCGCACUGUACGAGAUUGGAGUCUCAGAUGAUGGCACUUUGGUCGGCCUGGCCGAAGACGAGAUGUCGGAGAGUCUGAACAAUCUCCGAGCAAUGGCCGCAUGCCUGGGCUGUACUGUCGAGGUUUUGCGAAGCGAGACUGUUGGUGAGUGCGAGUGGCUGGAAGAUACGGUGAUCAGCAAGAAGGAGCGCAAGAUGCGGCGGUCUGGGAAACUGCUGGUUGCGGAAGCGCUUAUCAAGCCUUUCUUGCACACCAGCAGCUCUAAUACUGUAGACACUGACGCUGGAGUCCUGACUGCACUUCCAAGUUCGGCAGAUCUGGCGCCACCUGUCACUGAGCAGCUGCGGAUCACUUUGACCGGACCGACCAUGUGCGGGAAAUCAACUCUGCUCGGGACUCUGGUGACGUCGACACUUGACAAUGGCAGAGGAAAGAGCAGGCUGAGCAUGUUGAAGCAUCGACAUGAGAUCACGUCUGGUGUCACCAGCUCUGUAACUCAAGAACUUCUUGGCUUCCAAGACGCCGAGGACGGCGAUCUGGAGGUCGUCAAUUUCGCUACCGAGAAUGUCGCCUCUUGGAUUGACAUUCACGCUGCAUCCGCUGGGAACCGCAUGGUCUUCAUCUCAGACUCCGCAGGUCAUCCGCGAUAUCGACGCACUACACUGAGAGGACUCAUAGGAUGGGCGCCUCAUUGGACAUUGCUUUGCAUCCCGGCCGAUGACACUGAAGACACAACGAGGAUGAACGGAAGUCCCAACGGGUCACAACAGUUCAGCGGCACAACGGUACACGACAUGGAUCUCACAGGCGCACAAUUGGAUCUCUGCCUGCGACUUGAUCUUCCUCUCGUGAUCGUCAUCACCAAGCUUGAUCUCGCAUCUCGAAGCGGACUGCGAUCGUCCUUGACAAAAGUUCUCGAUGCUUUGAAAGCAGCGGGCAAGAAGCCUGCGAUUCUGCCAAACAAGUCGGGUGCAGUCACUGAGGGUAAAGACCUUCGAUUCGUCAAGACUGCUCUCUUGGACUCAGCCUUCAACGCCGUGGUGCCAUUACUCAACGACGCCAGACAAACGGUGCCGAUUGUCCUGACCAGUGCGCUCGAUGGCACCGGUAUAGCGAAUCUUCAUGCCCUGCUCCACGAGCUUCCUAUCCCCGACGCUUUGUCCAGAGGCGCUCCGGCAAGCUCACUUGUUGUAUUUGACGUGGAAGACGUCUACACCAAACCAGCCGAAGUCGCCGGCGUCAUCAUCUCCGGUCGCCUGCGUGUCGGUACCGUUUCAGUUGGUGACGCGGCCGUCAUCGGACCCUUUUCCAACCUGGACAGCAACGACGACUCCGAAGACUCGGACGAGCGUCGAUUUCGCCGAAAUGGCACGCAUCUUCCGACCUCAAGAUCAUUUCCAGGAGCAUUUCGUGGUUCACACCUCCUCCCAGCAUACUUCCACCACUCGAACCAGGAGUGGCGUCGUGUUAAAGUCGUCAGCGCGAGGAACUUGCGAUUGCCAGUUCACUCUCUACAGACAGACCAAGUCGGCACUAUAGCGAUCGCUUUUGACGAAGAUGCAGACUCUAGCUCACCACAAUCACUUGCACGGAUACGGAAAGGCAUGGUCCUGACAACCGUGCAACCCCUGGCUACUCGAACGUUCACUGCAAAAUUCCGCCGCGAAGAUCUAGCAUCUCUCGCGGUGGGUUCCCACGUUGUGGUCUACAUCUCCAGCGUGCGGGCUAGCGCGCGCGUUGUUUCAGCGAGAGAGCCCGAUGCUCCUUCCGUUGACGAUGGAGGGCGGAGGCAGUCCAACGGUGAGGAGGCUUUCAUUUUGGACGACUUCGUCAAGGAGGGCAUGGAGACCCCAUCGAGCGACUUGCUCGUCACGCUAGCGUUCGAGUCGUCGAAAGAGUUCGUCGUGGUGGGUGAUCGGGUACUGGUCAUGCCAGGUGGUGGGCCGGGGAUGGCUAUUGUCGAUCGCUCGGUUCCGAAGCUCACCAGCAACUACUCUCUCACCAGCAGCAAGAUCGUCCCGUCCAUCACCACGCGUGUCUGCGAGUAA